UUUGCUUGUCUGUGCUAGGUAAUCGCUCAUGCUGCUUGUCGGAUACAAUUUACACAAGUCUUUCUCUGUUUGUGGGAUCAGGUGGAAAAGCCGGUAGUGUUAUCAGCGAGCACUGCUGUUGUUGGCAGUAUUGUAUAUUCUAUAUUUAUGUGUUUUUUGUGUGUUGUAUAUCAGUACUCGACCCAUGUCAUAUGGAUUAAUGUAUUUCCAUAGAAUUGGUAAUAGCAUUCGCAUUCACACUCCAGUGCUCGUAUAAUAUUGAGUGUCUUAAAAAAAACAAACAAACAAAAAAACAGUUUAUUUAUCCGACUCAGGUUUCUUUUUAUAUAUAUAUUUCAGUUCAAUUUGGUAUAACACACACGUUCCAGAGCGAGGAGGAUUUCCUGUUUCUCUACACAGAAGACACAGUGAUAUUGCAAUUUAAGCUGCAUCAUGGUGGCAAGCAACAUACAGGAGCAUCAGCAGCAUGGGUGCGCGCCUGACAAAAACGACACGUCAACUACACCAGACGAAAAGAAUGUAAUCGCUCCAAAUGGAAACCAGUAUAUGAACAUAACUCCUGGACCAGUGCAGGUCACUAUUGUUGAUAAUUCAAUAGCCGCUGAGCAUGAGAUAUCUCCCGAUGAGAACCAUACCAUGUUGCUUGGGCAACCGAACCCACUUGAAACCAAACUUUACAGGCGUAGAUUUGCAGUUUUGAUAGUAUUUAGCCUUUGUUCACUAGUCAACUCCUUCCAGUGGAUCCAGUACAGCAUCAUCACCAAUAUCUUCAUGGACUAUUACAAUGUGACAAGCAACGAGAUCAACUGGCUGUCAGUUGUCUACAUGAUCGUCUAUGUGCCUCUGAUAUUCCCCGCAACCUGGUUACUGGAUAAAAAGGGACUUAAGAUCACGGCGGUCUUGGGCGCAGGUUUGAACUGCUCUGGGGCUUGGCUAAAAUGUGCCAGUGUGAGACCCGACCUGUUUGGGGUGACCAUGUUUGCACAAACUAUCUGUUCAGUGGCCCAGCUGUUCAUUUUGGGGCUACCUUCAAGAAUUGCAUCGGUGUGGUUUGGGCCCAAGGAAGUGUCAACUGCCUGUGCCACCGCAGUUUUAGGAAAUCAGCUUGGUACAGCUAUUGGUUUCCUGCUGCCUCCGGUUCUGGUACCCUACACCAAGAACAAUAUAGAUCUAAUUGGCAGCAACAUCAGCAUCAUGUUCUACGGUACAGCUGUGGUGUCUACUCUGCUAUUCGCUUUAACAGUCAUUGUAUUUAAGGAAAAGCCUCCACUCCCGCCAAGCCAGGCUCAGGCUGUGCUGUCAGAGAGCUCUCCCGAAGAUUACUCCUACAAGCAAUCAAUAAUCAACCUCUUCAAGAACUUUUCCUUUCUGCUUCUGCUAGUCAGUUAUGGUAUAUUGACUGGGUCGUUUUACUCUGUGUCAACACUACUGAAUCAGAUGAUCAUAGUGCACUAUAAGGAUGAAGAAGUAAAUGCUGGACGUAUUGGACUUACUCUAGUGGUUGCUGGGAUGGUGGGCUCCAUUAUCUGUGGCUUCUGGCUGGAUCUCACUAAAGCAUACAAAGGGACCACUUUAAUUGUUUACCUCCUGUCCUUCAUUGGAAUUCUUAUUUUCACCUUUACACUCGAUCUUGGCUACCUCAUUCUUGUAUUUUUUACAGCAGGAAUACUUGGUUUCUUUAUGACAGGAUACCUGCCACUGGGAUUCGAAUUUGGAGUUGAAAUGACAUAUCCGGUGCCAGAAGGAACAUCUUCUGGUCUCCUGAACGCUUCUGCACAGGUAUUUGGAAUUAUUUUCACCUUAAUUCAAGGGAAAUUAACAACGGAUUAUAAUCCCCUUGCCGGAAAUAUUUUCCUCUGUGUCUGGAUCUUUAUAGGAGUCAUUUUAACAGCCUUAAUCAAAUCUGAGUUGAAAAGACACAAUGUUAAUAUGGGGAUUACAAACAAAGCUGUACAAGCAGUUCCUGUUGAGAGCCCGUCUGAGCCACCCACCAAUGGCAUCCUGUUAAAAUCAGCACUGGUCUCCCACGAAACAUCAAUAUAAAAACUGAGGAGGGACAGAGAAAGAGAGUGUUGAAGUGAAACAGCACAACAUUUUGCUUCUGAUCCAAGUCUGUAACAGGAAACUGCCCCCUGAGGUCACUCGAAAUGUAUUUUUUUUAUAUAUAUUUACUUUUUCAUGUAUUUUUACAGCAUGAAUAAGCUUUUAUUUUAAUUUUAAUUUUAACAGCUAUCAUUUUGUAAUCUAUCUUUAUUCCGCUGUGUCGCUGAGCGGAAUAAAGAUAGAUUACAACAAUUUAGGUUUGUACUUUUAUUCAUUCAUUGUACUUGUUACAUAAACAAUAAACUACCCAUGUGUCCAGCCAUCCUUGUGAGCAUGGACAGUUCAUAUAGAAACAUAUUUAGAUGCUGCUAUUAUAUUUAGGAAUUAAUUUCUUGCUGUCUUUGCGCUGUGCUUUGUUUUCUGAGUUUAGUUCGUGAUUGCCCAAUUAAGCUUCCUACUCUCCCUGGUUAUCCCCUGUGUGGGAUGCAUAUCACUUGGCAACAGUGAUACAAUGGAGGCACCUGAGCAUACAGUGAAAACCACUUAAUAGAAUCAAUGGAAAUUGCAAUCAAAAACUGCAUUAAUUUAUCUUCAACCAAUGUAAAAUCUAAAACCUUAUUGAAUCAACAGGUUUAGGUGAUCAAAAUAAAGAUAUACAAACAUGAGCACAUUUCAUUGUACAGCUAUUAUAAUAAGUGCUCAAUUCAGGUAACCAGUAACAGUAUUCUGUGUUUUCCACUAUACAGUAGUCUCUGGCUAAGAGAACACCCCUCGGGGAAGCAAGUGAAGUGUUCUCUUAGCCAAAGUGUUCUCUAAGACAGAGUUGACCACCGGAGACAAUAUGCCAAGGACAACCAAUAAGUAUUAUUACUUAUGUCAUGACGCAUGUGCAUCAACAUAAAAAAAGAACAGAUUAAGAGAAAAGCAAUAGGCAAGCGUAUGUUAAUGAACAUAAUAAACUGACUCAAACUAACGUUAAUAAAUAAACUGACAAACUAAAUUAACAAAGCACCCCUUCAUAUGGUAAAAAUGCAGCAGCGACUGUAACAGUAAUUAUGAAUAUGAGAAUUGAUUUUAACACAGUGGUUAUUAACAUAGGACCCCUACACCCCUAAAAAUGCAGCAGCAGCUCUAGAUUACUCUGGUGAUGACAAGUCAGUUUUGAAAAUACUGAAUAAACCAUUUGAAUCUGAGUUUAAUGAUCAGGUAUCUUGUUACAAAACUGUACUGUAUCAGUUGUGAAUCGGUUAGCAACGAAUCGCUAUUGGUGCCAAAAAGGUGUUCUUUUAAGCGAAGUUCCUGUUCCUUUAGGCGGAGCAUUUACAAUGGGAAAAUUGAGUUUCACCACAAGGUUGUUCCCUAAGCCGAAGUGUUCUCUUAGGUGUUUCUAUACACAGAGACUGCUGUAUCUAGAGAACCAUAUACCCAGCUGUGAGGAAAAUUAAUUUAAAGAUCUAAAAGCAAACCCAGAACUGAUUUCCACUACAAGUAUCUAACAAUAGAGAUAACUCCUUCCAAUACUGGUUCAAAGCACUUUACAGAAGGAGUGUCACGUACAACACAUAGCAUGCAAUGGAAGCUACAAGUCAUCUGUUGACUGAAGUUACAAAAAAAGUAAAAAAAAAAUUAAAAAAUACACACUGAGAGAUAAAGGCUAAAAUGGCCACAUUUUAGUACGUUUAAAAUUGUCAUAUUUUAGUGAUUCAGUCAAUCAAAUAAUAUAUGUAUUAAAAAAAAAAAAAGACUACAAAAAAACAACCUUUUAUUUUAGCAAAUAAUGUAGCUAACCUGUUUUGGGUUCCAUUUUAAACUAAAUAUAUAGGUUUCUUGCACAAAAUGGAGUUGUAAAUGGCACUCUAUCAAUAUCUUUCUACUCUUAGUAAACAAAUGAAAUGGCAGAAAAUUUUAUGUUCUGUUUGGGUUUUUUGUGAAAUGACAACUAAGUUGAGAGAUACCGAUUGCAAAAGCGUACAUUGGCAAAAUAAAUUAUAUGUAGAUUGAUGUAAGUUUUGUUUAUACAACAAUACUUAAAUAUUAACAAAAAAGCUUUUGGAACCUGCAAAAUAUGUGAGAGUCUUUAGGGAGGUCUAAUGAAGGUUAACAAGCAACUUAACUGUCAGUGUAUGGAAACGAGGGACAAGCGAUCUUCCCUUUCCUUUUUUAUCUAGAGAAUGGCUCAUUAAAUGUGUAAUGUUUUGUCGAUUAUAGUGUUGUUACUGUCAGUUAUGAUUUACUGAGGUAUGUGAAUUAUCAAGUUUAAUGGCACAAAAUGAAUAACAUGAAAACACAAGAUUACAUGCACAUCUUAAACUUCUGUAUUUAUUCAUUCAUUUAGGAUAAAUGUUAGUAAUUAUUAUAUACUUGAAGAAUAUAUAUAUAUGCUGUAUUUUGUAGCUGCUUCACAUGUAUUAAGAAGUAAAUGAUAAACAUAUCCUAUAUAUGACUGAAAUGGCAAUCUGUACUCCAACUGUGUGAAAAAUGUUCUGGAUUCUUUAGGAUUUCUGCCAGGUAUGGAUAAAAGGUACUGACAGAAUGUUAAAGUUUAUAUUAUCUACAUGUUACUAAUAUUUAAUAUCCUGAUAUGUGCAUGAUGUAUCUUUCUUUAUUGCAGGCACUGCUUAUAUCAUUAUUUGCCUUGCUUACUUACUAUUCAGAAACCCAUGGGUGAAGCUUGUGCAAUACUGCAAUGCUUCCCUACCCAGUUCUCCUCAGUCUGCAUUCUUUUUGCGGAAUAGCAUAGCAAAUAAUGCUUCAUCUAAGCAAACACAACAAUAGAGAAACAUACAUAACUUGCAUAUAUUAGUAGAUUACAUGAAGUGUACCUUUAACUUACAGUCCACUGUAAAACUUGAAUCAAGUCUGUUUUGUUAGACUACCUUUUGACAAUCCAUUACUUUUUAGACUGGACCUUUUACCAGACCCUUUUACAAACCAAACCACUGAGUUUGCUCAUGGUAAUUGGUCUAACCUGUUAUACUACAAUUGUGCCUACUUUUGCUUUGUUUAAAAUGACAUUUGUUUGUGUGA